UGGUACUUUUACUUUCAUCCGUCCCGGCUUGCUUAUGCUUUUACAAACAAGCAAAUUUCUUUACUACCUACAUCAGCAUUCUACUUAUCUAUCAUAACCCGAGCACUAUCUGCUCUACCUACCGAGGUACCUUUGAAUACAUGAUGAUGGUAUUUCCUUAGAUCGUGAUGGUGCGGAGGAUCUUAAUUCUCGCGGGUGCACCAGAAAAUCAUAAACUGGACUGGGGAGAGUCAGGUCUUUUAACCCAAUUUUUGGAUCCAAUCGCUGAGUUUGCCCACCUCGACGACAUCCGUCCAAGUCCGAAAAAUGCAAAUAUUACUCUCUCUUCUUCCCGGGAUGUCGCUGUCUGGAGGUCUAUACCGCUCGAGAAAACUGCAUUGCCGACUGGCUUCUCUCAGCUUCAUCAGGUAAGGGAAGAUUAUCGUGAGGAUGAUGGCUUCUUUACCGUUUUUACGCCCUCGCCAUCGUCCUCGUCUACUUCUGACCUACCGGGGACCUAUAAAGCAAGUCAGGAGCUGUUGGAUCAGUUUUACGACCACUCGUUAGCAGUCCAUGAUGAUAUGCCAUCGUCUCAACUGCCUACGAGUUUUAUUACCGAUGAUUCCUCGUUGAACACAACCGAAGACAUGAGUUUGUACAAUUCGGUUCAAAGCAGUAAUUCUUUUGCACGCCGGAAUCAGCCCCCAAUUCCUCAGGCAACUCACCUGAGCGAUCUCGAGGAUGUACCCAGGGCGUCGCAUCUAGAAUUCAUCGCGCCGCAGACGAUGACAGUCAACCUCAUCGUUGGUAUAAUUUCCAUUGCUGAACCACGCACUGUGAGAACCAGAUGGGGUUCAACCAUGUCCUUAAUCGAACUUCUUGUUGGGGACGAAACCAAAUCAGGCUUCAGUAUUACCUUUUGGCUUUCAUCGGAGCUUAGCGAAUCAUCCGGCAGUAUUCUUAGAGAACUUCGCAGACAAGAUAUAGUGCUCCUCCGGAACGUCGCGCUGAGCGUCUUCAUGAAAAAAGUGCAUGGGCAUAGUCUGCGAAAGGGUCUGACGAAGGUUGACCUCCUCUAUCGGAGGAAGCUCGACAGAAAUGAUCAAGGUGGAUUAUACGGUGCGCGGGACUUGUCAUCAAGCAAGCCAGCACAUCCUCAGUUGAUGAAAGCGAGAAGGGUCCUGGAAUGGGUUAUGAAUUUCGUUGGUGACGGUGGUGCAGCCCUGGGGAAGAGAAAGAAAGGCGGGAAACCCAUAAGAAGUUGGGAUAUGCCGCCGGCAGAUACGCAAUGAGCGUGCUCGUGAUACCUAGACACCCACUAGCAUCUAAUAUCUACCUCUUAAUCGUCUCCAGUUAUAUGCAUUAGAAUCCUAAACCAGUCUUAUACCACGAUUCACAAGAGCCAGGGCAUAGUGUAUGAAGUGCUUAGCAUGGCAUCACGAGCAUCUCCAGAAGGUGAUCUGGACGUACCUAGUUGUAAGUCAUAUGCGUCUCGGCGUGGGAGCUAGCUACACGAGAACCGAAAUCCUGUUUGAAUGAUUGGAAAUGCGAUUGGUUUAAUACCGAAGACUCUUCAUCGAUUGAUUAAGAAAUUAUUAAUUAUUCUGUAACUGUACAACGUGAGAUGUUUCUUGUUGUCUGCG